AUGAGUGGCGGCCGCAUCAGCCAGCCCGUGGGCAAGAUCGUGCUGACGAACGUGGCCGUGGUGCGCAUGCGCAAGGGCGGCAAGCGCUUCGAGAUCGCGUGCUACAAGAACAAGGUGUUCAACUGGCGCAACGGCGUGGAGGAGGACAUCGACGAGGUGCUGCAGAUCGCCAAGGUCUACGAGAACGUGUCCAAGGGCAAGUUCGCCAAGAAGAGCGACUGGGCCAAGGCCUUCGGCGUGCAGAGCGAGGAGCAGGCGUGUCGCGCCAUCCUCGACCAUGGAGAGCUGCAGGUCUCCGAGGGAGAGCGCAAGGCGCUCGUCGAGAAGUACGCUCUGUUUUUUUCUGCCCCGAAUGGCUACAUUUAUUUUAUUUUUUAUACUAAAGUUUUUAUGCUUUAUUUUAUACGCAGCAUGUACCGUGAUAUCGCCACCAUUGUGGCGGACAAGUGCGUGAACCCGACGUCCAACCGCCCGUACCCGUACACGGUCAUCGAGCGCGUGAUGAAGGAGAUCCACUAUGCUGUCAUCCCCAACCGGAGCGCUAAGCAGCAGGCGCUGGAGCUGAUCAAGAAGCUGCCCGAGCACAUUCCGCUGGCUCGCGCCAAGAUGAAAAUUCAGGUGACAACGCCGGCGUCGGGGGUGAAGGCCAUCAAGGCGGGCCUGCUCAAGGAGGAAGCCGAGAUCGUCGAGCAGACUGGAAGUGAGACGGUGCGGAUGGUGGUGCUGAUCACGCCCGGAUCGUACCGUAUUGUCAACUCGCUCGUGCAGGAGCACACUGGCGGUCAGGGAUCGCUGGAGGUGAUCGAUUUGAAGAGUCACCAGGAGGGCGAGCACACGAUCGAUGACGAAAUCUCACAGAAGACGGAGCGUCUCGGAAUUUCCAAUGCUCCUGUUGCUGCUGCUGCGCCCACACCGGCGCCCGUAGCAGCUACGGCGGCGGCUACUGGUGGCGAGACGAAGAAGGCACGACCGUGCAGUACGUGCGGUGGUGACUUCAGCGCCGACAUGAGCAAGUACCGCGAGCACUUCCGCUCCGAGUGGCAUCGCUAUAACCUCAAGCGCAAGUCCAAGAAGCAGCCAGUGGUUAGCGAGGAAGAAUUCAACGAGCUCGAUUCGGAGGAUGUGGAGGCCUUCCUCUCCUCAAUGAGCUAAAUGGCAGAACUGCGUGUUUCACUUAACUGUGGGUGCUAACUAAUACACAGAGUUCUGGAUAGCAGUUAUGCGGCAAUGCUGGCCGUGCGUCCCCGAUUGUCCUCGGAGUCGCUAGCGAGAGGCGCAGCUACGUACACCUUGGCGCGGUCGAAGACCUUGAUGGCGUCUUCAAUCUCCUGCAGUUUUGUUUCCAGCUCGUUCUUCCGGCGAAUCUGGUUCAGAGUCUCGAUGCGGAGGGGCAACGUGUUCAUGCGCAGCUGGGCCUCCGUUAGCGACUUGCGCAGCAAAUUUAAGGUGCGCACGCGCUCGUCUUCGUCAAGCAGUACCAUGCCCGGAGGGCAAUCUGGAUCUGGAGCAUUUCUUCGCCUUUCUUCUUCC